CCCAAACUCACCUCCGCCAGUAAUUCAUCUCCCAAAUAAUAGUUACAGGACUCUUCUCAGACAGUUUCCACGCAUGGCGACGCCAGUCAUCGUUGGCCUGGGUGCGAUAACCGCCGCUCUCGUUGGACGACAUUUGGUUCGCAGUGGUGUAAUUGGGAAAAGAGCCGCAGAUGAAUGGGUCAAAGGCGGUUUCAAAGCCAAGAUGGAUCGCAGAGAGGCUGUAGCCAUUCUCGGUCUCAAGGAUGGACCGAGUCUUCGCACUAGAUUCAAGGACGCUCACCGACAAAUUAUGCUUGCGAACCAUCCCGACCGUGGUGGCUCGCCCUAUUUGGCCAGUAAAAUCAACGAAGCCAAAGAUUUACUCGAAAAAACCGACGGUAAACGAUAAUACCUUCAUACUUUUCGCACCCCCUGGGGCUUUUUUGCACUUUCAAUACUAUGUACACCGGCCAUGUAUAACUCAUACCAAUGUUACUACGUCAUAACCUUAGCAUGUACCACUCAUUCUUUCGCUUUUUGUCCAUGCACCACCCUGCUCAUUUAAUGGCCGAAUGGGAAGUUUGGAUGACUAAGCAGCCUGAUAUCCCUGAUUUGAAAGUAGGACAAGAUGCGAUAUCUCCUG